ACUCUUUGGAGCGCACGAGCUCUCCAAACAGUUCCGAGCUCAUACGUUCGGAGCGCGCAGGGCUGGAAGGAGUCACGAAAAGUUGCAAAGCAGGGAGCCUAAACAAAGUCAGAGGCGGAGCACGUCAGGGAGCGAUUCAGACCCGGGAUGGUCCUCCAGUCGGGCUGCACAUGUGAGCCACGGGCCACCGGCGACUGUUUUCGUUCCUGUAAGGGGCAGUGAGGAGAAAGGUUUGGGCAGAAACGAGGCGCGCUCCCCGAGAGCUGACUGUCACAAGUGCACCGGCACUUUGAAAGCAUGGGCCCCCAGCCAGGACUCAGCUGGGUCCUCCUGAGCUUCCUGCUGCAGGCGGCGGCGCCCUGGAGCUCAGGCCGACCGUCCAGACCGAGACAGUGCGACGCGCCGAAGGCGCAAAGUGAACUAAACUCCUUCCUGUGGCAGUUAAAGCGUCCACCUCCUUACCCACCAUCGUACUUGUUCGGUACCAUCCACGUGCCCUACACCCGAGUCUGGGACUUCAUCCCCAACAGCUCCAAGCAGGCUUUCUACAACAGCAACCGUGUUUUCUUUGAGCUGGACCUGACGGACCCGAUGACCAUCUCCAAACUGACCAGCUGCCAGCUGCUUCCCCACGGCGAGAACCUGCAGACCCUGCUGCCUCGAGACCUGUAUCGCCGCCUCAAACGCCACCUGGACUACGUCAAGCACAUGAUGCCCUAUUGGAUGACUGCUGACCAGCGAGGCCGUGGCCUGUAUGCGGACUACCUGUUCAAUGCUAUAGCGGGGAACUGGGAGAGGAAGAGGCCCGUGUGGGUUAUGCUGAUGGUCAACUCUCUGACGGAGUGGGAUGUCCGGUCCAGAGGGACGCCGGUGCUGGACCUCUUCUUGGCUCAAGAGGCGGAACGGAUGGGAAAGAUUACUGUAGCGGUGGAGCAGGUGGAGGAACAGUGUCAUCCACUCAAUGGACUCAACUUCUCUCAGGCUCUGUUUGCUUUGAACCAGACGCUGCUGCAGCAUGAAGGGGUUCGAGCGGGCAGCCUGCAAGGCUCCUACACCACUGAAGACCUCAUCACACAUUACAACUGCGGGGACCUGAGCUCCAUCAUCUUCAACCACGACACCUCACAGCUGCCUCACUUCAUCAAUCGCUCCCUCCCAGCUCACGAUCGCGUGACAGCCCAGCAAAUCGACAGCUACUUUCGCCAGGAGCUCAUCUACAAGCGCAAUGAGCGAAUGGCCCGUCGUGUGUCUGCGCUGCUGCAGAGGAACCCCAACCAGACCUACUUUUUCGCUUUUGGCGCAGGUCACUUCCUGGGGAACCACAGUGUGCUGGACAUUCUCACUCAGGAGGGUCAUGAGAUCAUCCACAUGCCUGCUGAGCCUCAAGAAGCCGCCACAGAUAAACCAGAUGUGGAGCCACCUGCAGCUGGCUCCGCCACCAUCACAGGGACCCCCGCCAGUUCCCCCACCCUGGACCCGGAGCUGGGAGACCCAGGCGACGGGCCCGGCUUUGGAGAGGAGGAGCUCCCCCACAUCCUGCUCCCCGACAGCCUGAGCCAGCUGGAGGAGUUUGGGCGACACAAGCGGCCUCGCAAGAUUAACCGUAACCACGGGAGACCCCGCCUUUUCAGCGACCUCUGGGUUCGCAUUGGGGACAGCACGACGCCUCAUCCUAAUGUACGGAUAAUAAAUGGUUACGUAACAGUGGAGCCUUCUCUGACCCUUCAAAAGCAGCACAGACAGAUGACGAUCUUCGCCACAGAACGGCAAACUGCCUCCUCUACCUCCACCUCUCCUCACACAAACUCGGCACAGCCGGUUUGCGGCUCAUUCGCUCCGUUUUGCAUUUUCCUCUGGUUUUUCUCUCACAUGCUGCUCGACUCCUGACCAGCAGCCUGAUCUCACAAAAA